GUAGUCGUGUUCUGAUCGCGCCUAGACCAACAUCUAUUUGUGAAUUAUGUGCAACAUGCAGCUUUCGAGCUUAAGGCUAUUAUCAGUCUUACUUGGCUACUUAGUAGCUCAAGCAAAGGCUUACCCCAUGCAGGGAUGGCCUAUGUACCCGCAAACAUCUAGGGAAUACCCAGAUGACGAAUACUACUAUGCUCCCAAAGUACAAUACUUUUAUGAUGCUCCAGCGAUUAGUGUCCCAGAAAUGCACGCUCAAGUUCCAUACCCUUAUUUCUACGACCCGUACGGUCACUUUAUUGCAAAUGAAGCGCCGAAGAGACAGGAAGAGAGACUAGCAGCCUUGCCUAUUGGACAGGAAACUUGGUUUGAGAGUGACACCACGCCCCGCUGGCAAUCUAACGAUGUUGAUGACGUCAGUGCAGCUUUCCUCGAUAAUUUGAUUCUUACGCAAAUGGCACAAGACGCACAGAGACGGCGCGAGAAUGCCCGCGCAGCCUUCCCGCCUGUUGAUUAUGACGAGCAUGAUGCCGAAGAUGAAGACGUGCGAGAACUGAAGGCCUUGGCUGGGAAACCCUUGUACCAUGUGCCUAAGACAGUGCCGAGGAUUGACGAAGACGACUAUGCAUCAGAUGAUGGGUUCAUCAACUGGAACGGAAACAAAAGAAGCGUAACAACAGCAGCUCCACAGGUCACCACUGAGGCCGCCAAAGCUGGUGACAAGGAAUUCGUGAGGCCACAGCCUGCAGCCAACCCCUUCAGUCGUGGACAUCAAAACAGCCAGAACAAAAGAAGCAAUGCCUUCUACGAUACGAUUGUACAGUACUUCGCGGACAAGAAAACAAACAAGAAGUUACAAGAUACAGCGAAAGAACGAAGAAUCGAAAAACGUUUUAUUGCCGACGACUCGGAUCUGGUUGGAGAACUUCGAGGCCUAAAACACCGCAUCGCCACUUAAACAAAUACUUCGGAAUUAUCGCCAACAAAAUAUGAGACUGAGUAAUAAGUAGAUUAAAUAGUUACGCAGCGGCGACAUCAUAGAACGUUCGCGAUAGGAGGCAAACAAAAUAACAAAAAAAUGUUAACAUUUGUCACGAGCAUAAUAAUGUAUACUUUACAUAAAGUUUUGUCGUCCACUUUGACUAAUAUGUUAAGUAAUUACGUGUCAAUGAUAUAAAACAAAAAGUUUAGAAGAUCCUUUUCUAUCUGUAUGGUCACUUCUUCCGUUACAGAAGUAGUCUUAGCUAUGUUAAGUGUGGGUAGGUACGGGUGUAAAUGAUGGUACAAACUGUGACUAUAAUCUCCAUUAGAACAAAUGAGUCGUUGACUGAACUAUGCAUGAUGCUAUAAGUUAAAGUUGCUCCUUCAAUUGGCAGCUACUAUGUCGCACACGAGUGCAAUUUGUAAAUAUGUGUAGGUACUGAUCGUCUAAGACUUAUAAUUACAUAUUUAGAUAGAAGUCAAUACAUCAAAAAUCUGAAUAAAAAUCAUUCGGAAACUAUUUUUUAAUUUUGUAUAAAACUAAUGCUGGACGUUGUUGUUUUGCUUCUUCGAUUGCGAGCUACAG